AUGAUGGUGAAGAGCAGCGGGGGGCGGCGUGCGACGUCCCGAGGGGUCACCCGGCUGUCCUUCGUGUGGCCUCGGGGGAGGAGGAGAGGCUUCCGACGCCUUUGUCAGCCACUUCGUACGAAGGAGCUUCCCUCUAGCGGGGCUCCCGGCUGCCACCUCCUCCUGCGGUCGCACGCAGAGACGCGCGAUGGCGGCAACCCCGCCCCGCCGCAAACCUCCCCGCCCGCCAAGACGGCCGGAGAGGCCCUGCCGCACGCCUGCCCCACGUGCGGCAAGGGCUUCGUCCGCGCGGCCCACCUCAGGAACCACGUGAUGACCCACACGGGCGAGAGGCCCUACAGGUGUCAGGCGUGCGGCAAGGGCUUCAUCCAGUCGGUCCACCUCAAGGUCCACGAGCUGAGCCACACGGGCGAGAAGCCCAGCGCCUGCCGCCUGUGCGGCAAGGGCUUCAUCUGCCCGUCCAAGCUCAAGGUGCACAUGCGCACGCACACGGGCGAACGCCCACCGCUGCGACGUCUGCGGCGGCUUCAUGCAGGCGUCGGUGCUGCGGGGCACAUGCGCACGCACACGGGCGAGCGGCCGCAUCGCUGCGGCGUGUGCGGCUGUGGCUUCGCGCAGGCGUCGUACCUCAAGGUGCACGCGCGCACGCACACGGGGAGCGGCCGCAACGAGUGCCCCGUGUGCGGCAAGCGCUACGCCGACCCGUCGUACCUCAGGAGCCACGUUGCGAUGCACAACGGCGAGGACCCUCACCGGUGCCGCGUGUGCGCAAAGAGCUUCACGCACGCCAAGGUCCUCAAGCGUCACAUGGCGACGCACGCCGGUCCGCUGACUGGUAUCGGCCACACGCGGUGCGGAAAGUGCGGAAAGUUCUAUGCAGACCGCUCGUACCUCAGGAUUCACGCGAUGAUCCACACGGGCAAGAGGCCGCACGCCUGCCCCAUGUGCGGCCGGGGCUUCGUGCACCCCAAGUUCCUGCGCAGCCACAUGAAGAGCCACGAGGGGAAGAAGGGGGCGAUGGAGGCCUCCCGAGCGUCGCACGUCUAA